AUGACGCCGAAGAGAAAUCUAAGAGUUCUAUUUUUCACUGGGGCUUUGCUAGUUCUGAUCUACUUCAUAGUUCAACAUGCCAACACCACAUCUACCGAUCUCGAUGGCUCGAUAUUAGACGAUGGCCGCACCAAUACGGCCAAGAGUGUGGUGACCAAUCUUUCGGUCAAAGCUGGUGCCAAGGCCAAACUCAAACCGGAAGAGGCCGUCAAGACAGACGCAAAAGUGGACGAGGAAAUCGAAAGCAUCAAACAAGAAAUCGGAAUCAAGGAGAACAUCGGGGACAAGCUGCCCAAAGUGCAGGACCUUGCGCAGGACGCAGAGUUUGACGCAGCCAAGGAGUACCAGAUGAUCCUGGUGUCUGCGCCCAUGAUCGUGUUUUCCAAAAGUGGCUGUCCGUUCAGCAAACGCAUGAAGGAACUCCUGGCUCAGGAGUUCCUGUUCACCCCGGAGUACCGCGUCGUCGAGCUCGACAAGCACGAGCACAUGGCCGCCCUCCAGAGCUACAUUGGAGUCCAGACCGGCCGGUCCACGGUGCCCAAUGUCGUGAUAAACGGCAAGUCACGUGGCGGGUUUGACGAUUUCAAAGCAUUACACGACGAGGGAAAGCUGCUGAAGUCGCUCAAGGAUUGGGCAGGGAAAGAGUUCACCGUCACAAAGAAGGAGAAGCCGUCCAACAGCUGA